AUGCAGAAGUUCUCGAGGCUCGGCCGCCUGGGCCAGAGCCUUGCUUCGCGCAGGCAAUUGGCCACCGUCAGCGAUGCUCCCCUCUCUCGCAAGGUCGAGAUGACCAACUGGGAGAAGGGCCACUACAUCAACUACCAGAAGAUGAACGAGAACCUCCAGAUUGUUCGCGGCCGCUUGAACCGCCCGCUUACCUUUGCCGAGAAGAUCCUCUACUCCCACUUGGACGACCCCCACGGUCAAGAGAUUGAGCGCGGCUCCAGCUACCUCAAGCUCCGUCCCGACCGUGUAGCCUGCCAGGAUGCCACUGCCCAGAUGGCUAUUCUUCAGUUCAUGUCAGCUGGUCUGCCCUCCGUUGCCACUCCUACCACCGUCCACUGCGACCAUCUUAUCGAGGCCCAAGUUGGUGGUGAGAAGGAUUUGGCGCGCGCCAACGAGAUCAACAAGGAGGUUUACAACUUCUUGUCCACCUCUUGCGCAAAGUACAACAUCGGUUUCUGGAAGCCCGGCUCUGGUAUCAUUCACCAGAUCGUGCUUGAGAACUACGCUUUCCCUGGUGCUCUCCUCAUCGGUACUGACUCGCACACUCCCAACGCUGGUGGUCUCGGUAUGGCCGCCAUUGGUGUUGGUGGUGCCGACGCUGUCGAUGUCAUGGCUGGUCUUCCCUGGGAACUGAAGGCUCCUAAGGUUAUUGGUGUCAAGCUUACUGGCAAGCUCUCCGGCUGGACUGCUCCCAAGGACAUCAUCCUCAAGGUCGCUGGUAUCCUCACUGUUAAGGGUGGAACCGGUGCUAUCGUCGAAUACCACGGUCCUGGUACCGAGAGCCUGUCUUGCACUGGUAUGGCUACCAUCUGCAACAUGGGUGCUGAGAUUGGUGCCACCACCUCCGUCUUCCCCUUCAACGACCGCAUGUACGACUACCUUGCCGCCACCAAGCGCCGCGACAUUGGUGACUUCUCCCGCGAGUACGCUGCCCAGCUCCGUGAGGACGAGGGUGCCGAGUACGACGAGCUCAUUGAGAUCAACCUUGACGAGCUCGAGCCCCACAUCAACGGUCCCUUCACUCCCGAUCUAGCCACUCCUAUUAGCAAGUUCAAGGAGGCUGUCAAGGCCAACAAGUGGCCUGAGGAGCUCAAGGUUGGUCUUAUCGGUUCUUGCACCAACUCCUCUUACGAGGAUAUGACCCGCGCCGCCUCUAUUGCUGAGGACGCCAUGUCUCACGGCAUCAAGGCCAAGUCUCUCUUCACUGUUACCCCUGGUUCCGAGCAGAUUCGCGCCACCAUCGAGCGUGAUGGUCAGCUCAAGACUUUCGAGGAAUUUGGCGGUAUGGUCCUUGCUAACGCAUGCGGGUUAGUCAUUCCAUCCUCUGUUUGUUGA